AAAGGCUGAGACUGUCCUCCAUGUUUCAUAAGUAUUGACAUUACAUUUUUCAGCCAUGCAUCCACAGAGUUUGGCUGAGGAGGAGAUCAAAUCAGAGUCUGAUGUGGUUGAGGCGAUGGAGGUGUCAGCACCACCCAAAGUUCCUGAUCUAGGAUCAACAGAAGGAGCACUUGCUGCUCAAAAGCGGAAAGCCCCCAGUCCCUCUCACUCCUCUAAUGGCCAUUCGCCUUCAGACACAUCACCUAGUUGUGCCAAGAAGAAAAAGAGACCUGGACUAGUCAACAACAGUAACAAAGAUCAGCAUGAGCUAAGACAUGGUCCCUUUUACUAUGUCAAGCAGCCUGCACUCACCGCAGACCCUGUUGAUGUUGUGCCACAGGAUGGAAGGAACGACUUCUACUGCUGGAUGUGCCAUCGCGAAGGCCAGGUGCUCUGCUGUGAGCUCUGCCCACGUGUUUACCACGCCAAGUGCCUCAAACUGGCUGCAGAGCCUGAAGGCGACUGGUUCUGUCCUGAGUGUGAGAAAAUAACAGUUGCAGAAUGUAUCGAGACUCAAAGCAAAGCUAUGACCAUGCUGAAUCUGGAACAGCUGUCCUACCUGCUGAAGUUUGCGCUGCAGAAAAUGAAACAGCCAGGGACAGAGCCGUUUCAGAAACCAGUCUCUUUGGAGCAGCAUCCAGACUAUGCAGAGUACAUCUUCCACCCAAUGGACUUGUGUACCUUAGAGAAGAAUAUCAAAAAGAAGAUGUAUGGCUGCACCGAGGCUUUUUUGGCGGAUGUGAAAUGGAUUCUACAUAAUUGUAUUAUUUACAAUGGAGGGAACCAUAAAUUGACUGCCACAGCAAAAGUUAUUGUCAAGAUUUGCGAGCAUGAAAUGAAUGAAAUUGAAGUUUGCCCAGAGUGUUACCUGUCAGCUUGCCAAAAAAGAGACAACUGGUUCUGUGAACCUUGUUCUCAGCCCCAUCCACUGGUCUGGGCUAAACUGAAAGGAUUUCCUUUCUGGCCUGCUAAAGCUCUGAGGGAAAAAGAUGGCCAGGUAGAUGCUCGCUUUUUUGGCCAGCAUGACAGAGCCUGGGUGCCCAAUAACAACUGCUAUCUAAUGUCAAAAGAGAUUCCAUUCUCUGUGAAGAAAACUAAAAGCAUAUUCAACAAUGCCAUGCAGGAGAUGGAGGUCUAUGUAGAAAACAUGCGCAAAAAACAUGGCGUCUUUAACUAUGCCCCCUUCAGGACACCCUACACACCCAACAACCAGUUCCAAAUGCUGUUGGACCCUAGCAAUCCCAAAAAAGGCACAGCCACACUGGAAAAGCAGGAUAAAAUCAAAUUCAACUUCGAUAUGACUGCGUCUCCCAACAUGUUCCUGGGAAAGAGUGUGGCAGGGCCAGGACAUCGUAUGACAGACAUGCCCAGGUCUCCAAUGAGCACUAAUUCCUCAGUCCACACCGGGUCAGACCUUGAACAGGAUUCAUCAGAUCGAGGAACAAAAAUGCUAUCUACUCACCACAGUGCAGGGGAGGAUUCUAUGGAUUGUACAGCAUCCCCUGCAUGUCCGAAGACAACAGGCAGCCCAAAGCCUGUCCUACCAACACCUCCCAAACAGGAGAAGACCCAGGCCACUGCCAGCAUCCUCAACCUUAAUCUUGACCGCAUUAAAGCAGAAAUGGACCUAAAAGAGCUGAGUGAAACAGUACAGCAGCAGCAACAGCAGCAAGGGACUGCUGUACUUUUCACCUCUCCAAAGAAACCCACCAGAAGUUUGGAUAAGACCAUAGAAAGCUGCAAAGCUCAGCUAGGCAUUAAUGAAAUCUCAGAGGACGUAGAUCACAGUUACUCUGAUGAGUCUGACAAGUCUGACUCCAGUGACAGCGAAUAUGCAAGCGAAGAGGAGCAGGAGGCGAAGAACACUGUAAAGAGUGAAGAUCACGAGUUUAAAAAUAAAAAGAGACCCAAAACUCCAGCCUCACAACCACACAACAAUAAAGGCCUGCCUGAAAGUAACACAGACAGAACAGCCUCUGAACCUCCACCGAAAAAGAAAGCUGGUGGUGUUUUGGAGAAGGAUUCUCAAGAGAAACCCAAGGGUACCCAACAACAGCACCAGAAAGAAAAAAACCCAGCUGGGCAGAAGGGAAAAGCUGGAGGUCACGAUGCUGACUCAGACUCUGAGAGAGAGCUCGUGAUUGACCUUGGUGAGGAGCAAGGAGGACGAGACAAGAGGAAACCAAAGAGAGAGAUAGCAUCCAGCUCAGCAAUCAAAGACACAGCAAGCGUUAAGUCUGAAGGAAAAGCUAUGGUCACCGCAUCAGCCUCUCAGUCAGUAGCCUCCUCUUCACCAUCCAAUUCCAGCACCAGAGAUUCAGCUCAACCGGUCAUAAAGCCUUCAAAUGCCACCUCUACCCAGUCAUCCACGUCCACUAGCAACACCUCUGUAACAACCACCCCCUCUGUUACAAACUCCUCCACCGUGGUGAAGAAACAGCGCCCUCUGCUGCCCAAGGAAACAGCACAGCUUGGCCAGACCGCCCUGGUUUGGAAUCAGGCUGGGAAUAAGGUCCAGGCAUCCUCUCCAAAACUGCAAGUGCAAAAGGGUCAGAAGCAACAGCCACAGCAACAAAGUGGGCAAACGGCCACACAGCCUCAGAGCCCUGUUACUUCUAAUAAUGCCAGCACCCGGUACCAGACCAGGCAAACGGCAAAAGCUGUCCAUCACAAGGACAGCUUGCCAGGAUCCUCUAGUUCAGUACUCGCUGCAGACUUUCUCACUCCUCCGGCUUCUGCUGACGUAGCUGCUGACAUUGCCAAGUACACCUCCAAAAUGAUGGAUGCAAUUAAAGGAACAAUGACAGAGAUAUAUAAUGACCUUUCAAAAAGCACAACAGGAAACACUAUUGCUGAGAUCCGGAGGUUAAGAAUAGAGAUAGAGAAACUCCAGUGGCUGCAUCAGCAGGAACUUUCAGAAAUGAAACAUAAUCUGGAACUAACGAUGGCAGAGAUGAGACAGAGUUUGGAACAGGAACGGGAGCGGCUAGUGUCUGAGGUAAAGAAGCAGAUGGAGGUGGAGAAACAGCAGGCCGUGGAUGAGACGAAAAAGAAGCAGUGGUGCGCCAACUGUAAGAAGGAGGCGAUUUUCUACUGCUGCUGGAACACUAGCUACUGCGAUUACCCCUGCCAGCAGGCGCACUGGCCUGAACACAUGAAAUCCUGCACACAAUCAGCCACAGCAUCUCAGCAGGAGCCUGAAGAGGAGGCCUCUGCAGCUGCAGCAACUAAAAAUUUAGGACAAUCACCGAAAGACCAAAAUUCACUCCCUGUCAACAAAAGCUCACCAACACAAAAAAACUCUCCACCCACCACUGAGAACACUAAAGCAAGCACCACUGUACCUGUUUCCUAACCAGAGAACUACAGACAUUCACCAGCAGAUUCCUCACAGGUUAUAGACACAUUCAUCUUUAAAGAACUGCUGGGGGUUCUCUUCUUUUUACUACAUUGACUUGUAAAACAAACAGUUCUGUACAGUCCAGUUUACUACAUCUAAAGACAUAACCAGGCCCUUGAUGUUCCACGUGUACAAUUUUGACAGUCAUUUUAUUUUUUGUUAAUCUCCAUAACAUUGUUUUGUACAAAGCUUAAAUCUUUCAUAUUAAAUAUGUAAAGGUCAUUACUGUUUUUACAUAUACAGUUGAGUUUUUAUAUCAUGUGAAGUAUGUGAAUUUGUCUAAUCAGUGACUUAAAGGUGACUCCAGAAAGGUAAAGCUUACUUUUAUAUUUUAUUAUGGAUGUUUUUAACAUGCUGGAUGUUUAAUAAUUCACACAAGGACUGAUUGUUUCCAGUGGUUUUCACUACAUCAAAAAAUCUAAUACUCUAUCUAAAAAUUUUAAUUGUUUUUCAUCCAGAAAAGCUUGCUUGAUUUUAAACAAAAACAGUUAUACAACCAACAGUAUAUUGUAAUUCAUUUCAGACUUGAUUUCUUG